AUGUUAACGCGCCAGGGGCGAGCGAGGAGGUUGGGGGGGAGUAAAAAUCUGCUAAGCACCCCGCAGAGAGGGAAAAAUCAAUACCCCAAAAAGCAGACCCCCGAGGAGGUCUGGAGGCGAGGCAUCAACUCGCAUUUACUCGCGUUGUCCCUCACCUCCGUCCGCACAACAGAUCCAGGGUGCAAGCGUUCUACCACACCCGGGGAAUCCCUCCCUCGCCAAAGUCGGGACAAGAAGGAGGUCUCCCGGCGACGCCCAGGCUGCCGCGCCUGGGGCGGCUCUCCUCCCGCCGCGCGGCUGGCAACGCCGGGACGCCCUGCCGGCGCUCCCGGGCCGGGGAGGGAGAGGGCGGUGGGUGCAAUACUCGCCUGGAGGCGGGUGGCGACUGCGGUCGGCGGAGUCGGGCGCAGGGUGAAGGCAGCUCUCGGCGACGCUUGGGCGCGCUCCGACGCGGCGCUGGCUGCUGGGUCGCUGUCGCCUGCGCUCCCCGCGCGCGUCUCUGGCGGCGCCUUGUCCGAGCUGCAGUGCGGGAGGCUGCCCCGGGAAUGGCUAUUUCCUGUUUGGAGGUUUGGGAGAAAGAAAAAAAAAAAAAUCCAAGGUGGGGGCAGGGGGAGUUGGGCGGCGGCGAGCCAGAAAGCGGCGUCCUGGAGGGGUCGGGGCGUGCGCAGCUGCUGUCACCUGCUUCCUCGAGACCCCGAGGGUGCCAGAUGCGCCAGCCCGGGCAAGGAGACGCAGCUUAUUGCUAAUUUGGGGUGUCUGGGAGGCCGGAUAGGGGGCCUCGCCCUCGCCACCCAGCGGUGGGGUAGGGGCUGCGGUCGCAGGGGCCGCCUAGUCACUCCAGCCAGCGCGCCCACUGACCUGCCUGCCUCUUCCCUUCUCUGCAAAACUGCGCUGAGCUUUCUUCCCGCCCAGGGCAAGCGGAAUGGGCUGUACUUCUGCCUUUAUUCCUGCCUCCGGUCCGGUCGGCUUUCUAAUCCUCUCCAGGGGUACGCGCAUGGAAGGGGCUCUAGGUAUGGAUGCUGGUGGCUGCGUCCAGAACACAGUGGUGCCAAGCGUGACUUCAUGGCAGGUGCCCAUUGGCAGAGGGAAGAGACAGCCCUGUCUGUUUUCGCCUCAUUGACCCCUAGGCCUGGUGGAAUUUCAAGGAGGGAGUCAAGAAAGCGGAUGUUUACAGUGUGUCAUCACAGGAAAAAGAAGGCUUCUGAUAAGCGGAUCCUGAAACUGGGGGAGGCAGAGCUUUGUCGGUGUUUGGCUUUGAGUCAGUGUGGAGAGAGUAAUCAAUUUUGACCCAUCAAAAACCCCAUUGUUUGGUCUCAUUACCACAGACAAAUGUCUCUGAUGGGAGGGUCCUAUCAGUGGUGGGUGGAAGAUUAGAUAGAGGUAGAGACUCCAUCUGGCGAACAUCAAUUUGUUCUCUGUACCUUUGAGUCUGUUUCUAUUUUGUUUGUUCAUUUAUUUUGUUUUUUA